UACUUUGUUCGACGCGCGUUCAAACGCCUAGCUUUAAUCAAGUCGGCGUGAAAAACAGAGCAGCGUGUGUAGUAUUAAGCUAACUGCGGGAAAGUCCUUUUUAUAGUAAUGGCAGGUGCCGUGGUUGAAAACUUGAGUAAUCGAAAGUUGAUUGUGUUGAUAUCUUUCCUCCUUAUAUGUCUUCUAGUAUGCUUUCUUCUCGGCGGCUUGGUCGCUCCAGCACCAUCCAAUGUUCAGUCUGUUUUGGCCACAAAAUGCUAUGAUAACAGUCAAAACAAAAGCAAAUUCUUUUAUGUCAGACCUAAUGGUGGUUGUGACAAGAUUGAUGAUUUGCAUGGGCCUGAAGCAGAGGAGAGACAUAUAGCUUAUAAAAAUGUUGUUUUUGCUUUCCAGUUACCUCUACCACGUGGAGGAAUUGAAUUGGACUAUUCUCGAUGGAUACAAAAUCUUAUUGGAAUUUUACAAAUUGAUGUUACCUUUUUUAAAGAAUGGGAGUUAAUGGAACCCAGAGUUCCUGUUACAAUUGAAGCCAGGCUUGGUUAUCGGAACAAGGGAGAUCCUGAUGAUGAGUGGAAGGAGUAUGCUACAUCAACUGAAAGCAGGACUAUGGAUUGUUCACCUCCUGAAAGAGAUGGUUACCUUUAUAGUUGCUCUCUUCUACCGCUGUUUGAACUUGGUGCAUUACAUCAUGACUACUACCUUCUGAAUCUGCGAUUCCCGGUGAUAUAUGAAAACAACCGAGGCCUCGGUCCUGUAUCCGAUCUCUGGCUUGUCGCCAUUAAUCAGAAUGGUGGUUUUACCAAAGUUUGGUUGUCUUUGAAGACAAUUUUCUUUCCCAUGGUAGUAGGAGUCAUGAUCUGGUUCUGGCGUCGUGUUCAGUUAUUAGCUAGGCAACCCACGUUAUUGGAAUCAAUGCUCUUGGCUCUCGGCGUCGCUUUAUCUACUUUAAAUCUUCCCCUUGAGUACUUAACCCUGAGCUUUGAAAUGCCUUUCAUGCUUCUUUUGGGAGAUAUGAAACAGGGUAUUUUUUAUUCGAUGUUAUUAUCUUUCUGGCUUGUUUUCGCCGGAGAACAUCUCAUGAAUCAGGAUGAUACUGAAAGAAAAGGACUAAGAGGUUAUUGGAAACAGCUUAGCUGUGUUGGAGUUGGUUGUUUGUCCAUGUUCAUCUUUGACAUGUGCGAAAGAGGCAUCCAACUUAGGAAUCCGUUCUAUUCUAUUUGGGCGAAUGAAAUUGGGACACAAAUCGCGCUGAGCUUUGUUAUUAUUGCUGGAAUCGCUGCUGGAGUUUACUUUCUUUUCUUGUCAUAUAUUAUUUAUCGUGUGUUCCGCAAUAUCAGUGCUAAGCGUCAGGCGUUGCCUGCAAUGGCGUCCGCUCGCAGACAUUUCUAUGAAGGAGUCAUUUACAGAUUCAAGUUUCUUAUGCUGGCCACUCUACUUUGUGCUGCUAUGACCGUCAUUGGAUUCAUUCUUGGUCAAGUAUCGGAAGGCAAAUGGAAAUGGUAUGAUGAGGACAUCAAUUUGGAAUAUACGUCUGCUCUCUUCACUGGAGUGUACGGAAUGUGGAACGUUUACAUAUUGGCACUGCUUUGCUUGUAUUCUCCAUCUCACAAGCGCUGGCCUAGCGAGAGUGAGAUUGUCAUGCAGGAACUAAGCGGAGAGGAUUUAGACGAGAGGAAGCGUGAACUGCGUGAUCAAUUAUUGGAUCCUCUUCUCGAACACUUGCAUGACGUUCAUUCUUUCGUUAGAAGUAAAAUGCUUCAGCUAUGGCACAAGCUGAGCCUUAAGCACGCCAUCCCAUUAAACUUGCAACACAAAGUUUUAACCAUGACCACCGGUCGUUUAAAUGAUAAGACUGGCACCGUUCGUAAGAAUGCCGUUCAAUUAUUGAUCGUUUUAAUGCAAGGCAAUCCCUACGGUGAACGCCUUCCACUAGAGGAACUUGGAGCAAAGAAGGAAUCGGAGGAAGCAAAACUGAAAGAAAUGCUUGAAGCCUCAGGCAAUCAGCCCCAAAGGAUUCAAGUAGAUCCAAGCAAGUGCGGACCAACGAAAACAGAACUGUGGAAUGCAAUGGAGCCGGAAAUCCUUGUGGCUAUCCAUGAGGUUUUCGAUGAAGAGGAUAUAGACAUGUCAAUGUCAGAGCUAACGAACGAAGAAGUUAUACAACAACUGAAUGCGUGCAACUACAAAAGAGUCGCAAGAAUGUUCAUAACAGAAGACGACGAAGAGCAAGAAGAUCCCGUUGAAAUAUUAGACAAAAUAAAGAGUAUAUUCGUUGGAGAUGAAGAUAAUGAUGGUGAAAGAGAAGAAAUGGAGCGCCUAGUUCAAGAAGCCGUUGAACAAGAAAUCCAGCAGCCUCCCCAAGAAGAAGAGAGCAAAGAAAUUGGACAGCAGCGUAUGCUUGUAAUGUUUCUAAAGGAUUCGCAUGCUUUCGCCAGUUCAGUUUAUGCAGCCAUACCGAUGGUAUGCCAACUACUUUGUUCUAAACAAACGAGUGACAUCUUGGAAGCAAUUGAUUUUUUCGUCACGGCAUUCGAAUUUGACGUGCUAGACGCUAUGCAGGGCGUAAGACGCAUGUUGAGUCUCAUCUGGUCUUCUGAAGAGGACGUCAAAAAAGCUGUCGUCAACGCCUACAAACGCCUUUACAUGAACAUGGAGGCAACAGGUUCCAAGAGGCGUGCCCUUCAGGUAGUUUCCAAUCUUAGUGCUCUGAUAUCAUUGUCUACUCAAGGAGAACUGGCUUCAUUGGAAGAACUGAUUGCAAUGUGCGUGAAGUCAGGAGAUUUGCCCAAAAUCUGCAUUCAGGUGAUGUGGGAGAAAUUCUCCAUGGCCCUCCCUGACACGACUGAAGAGGAGUCACGUUCUGCUUUAAUGCUACUGACCAUGGUGGCUUCUGCUGAAGUCCAAGUGGUGACUAGUAAUGUCAAUGUACUAGUGUCGGUCGGAUUAGGAGAGCGAGGCUCUAAAGACUUUCGUCUUGCGCAUUUGACCUGUGCGGCCUUGUUAAAAAUGGCACCGACCAAAGCUGCAACUGAUUGCAAAGAACAGCCGAUGCGCUUUCCACCGACCAACGAAAUUUUCGAGUGCUCAAAAAAACUGCUUGUUGAAGGCCUUACUCGUUUGGAGGACGUUCAUUACUCACAGUUUGCUACUACGUCCGUUUCGCUUAUUUACACACUUGCUGAGCAUCCUGACAUGAUCAUGGGAGAUGUCCUUAAGGAGAUGUGUGCUAUCGUGUAUAAGUCUAGCCGAGAUCAGAGUGGUAAUUUGAUGGAGAACGCGGAAUUAGAAGUGCCUACAACUGUGUUGACACGCAUCUUUGUGGUUGCCGGCCAAGUGGCUCUGAGACAACUAAUCCAUUUGGACGUUCAUGUCUACAGUGAACUACGACGCAGAGCAAGAGUACGCGAGGAAAAACAAGAAGAGACAAGCAAACAAAAGCGCAAUCUACUUCAGUCUGCUUCUCGCAGAAGAGUUUCCACUCGUCCUCAGCAAGAACAAUGCGAAUCAGGAGAAGACGAUGAACUUGUUGGCGCCGUAGCUGAUGAUGAUGAAGCUGAAUAUGUCCGCAAGAUUUGUGAAUCGGAGAUUGUAACUGGUGGCCACAGUUUGCUUUCAUCGAUGGCCCCUUUGGUGAUUCUCGUAAAUUCGAACCCAGCGAAAUAUCCUGAUCCAUCCCUUCGUGCAGCAGCCAGUCUUUGUCUUGCCGAGUUCAUGCUCGUCUCUCCGCAGUUUUGUUCACAACACUUGCGCCUUCUGUUCACUGUAUUAGAAAAGAGCCCGGAAGAAGUAAUCCGCUCCAAUUUGGUCAUCGCCAUGGGAGAUCUCAACUUUCGUUUUCCCAAUUUAAUCGAGCCUUGGACACCGAAUCUCUACAGCCGAUUACGUGACGAUUCCCCUAUCGUCAAGAGAACUACUCUCAACGUUCUAUCCCAUUUGAUUCUAAACGACAUGGUUAAGGUCAAGGGCCAGAUCUCGGACAUUGCGCUAUGCGUUAUCGAUCCUGAUACGAGAAUUUCAUCAAUGUCCCGCAUGUUCUUCAGCGAGUUUGCCCGCAAAGGAAAUGCCCUUUACAAUGUUAUGCCCGAUAUCAUUUCACGACUUUGCGAUCCUGAGGCUGCUGUUGCCGAAGAAAAUUUCCGAGUCGUGCUCAAGGGAAUUAUUGUAUUGAUUCAGAAAGAUAAGCAAAACGAGUCAUUGGUUGAGAAAAUCAUCUUACGGUUGGGCGCGUCGCGAACUGAACGUCAAUCGAGAGAUCUGAUGUACUGUCUCUCGUUGUUGACUUUCAACGAACGCUCGCUUCGUCGUAUUCUCGAGCACUGGAACUGUAUUUCCGACAAAAUCCACGAAGAAGGAGUUGUUGAAACACUUAAUGCUAUUUUAGCGACUACCAAGAAAGCAUUUGCAAAACAGGAAAUUCGUGGGUUAAUCGAUGAAAUUGAGGCUAAAAUUAAAGAGACUGUCGAUGCUGACCAAGAUGAGCAGCAAGUUGUACGCAAAGCCCAGGCCUCACAAGUUACGAAAGCUCAAGCGCCCAAGAACAAACCGAAACGAAAGCAGCGAGCAAAAGAUUCAGAAGAAGAAGAAGUUUCAAUGGAUGAUGAUGAACCGGAAAUGCCCGGUCAUCCGGCUCAUUUGGGGACGCCACAUAGCUCUAAUAAAAAAACACCAUUGCGACAUGGGCGCAAUAUCCGCAAGAAAAUUGCAAUUCCACAAGUUUCUUCUGAUGAUGAAUCGAGUGUCGAAGAAGAUGAAGACGACGACGACGACAGCGAAAAGGAAGACAGGAAAGCUCAGUUGGCGGCAAAAUUAAAAAAGAAUAUGGGAUCAACUCGAUCAAUUCGAGCUACUCGACGUCAAACUGAGGCGGAUUCCGGAAGUGACCAGGAUGUUUUCAUUAAGCCAGCUUCUCGUGGAAAAUCGAAUCCAGGAAAGAAUAAACUGUCAGAGAAAAAGAAAUCUACAACUACAAGGUCGAGGAGAUAAUAACUCGUAAAAUUGAAUACUUUUUAGUUUUCAUCGAAUUGAUUUCUUUGUGCGGUCUUUUAAAUCUUCUAAAGGCUGUCUUAAUUCAGCAUAUAAUUUUAAUUCGUAUUAUCUUUUCCUUAAAUUCAAAGUAUUUGUUUAUAAUUAUUUCGUAAUUUCUGAUAUCGUUAAAUUUAAUAUCCAACAUCUGCACAGUUGGUCAGAUAAGGCUUCCUCUGCUAUUGUUGUGAUCGGGAUUCUUACGAGCGGCAGAAAAUAAACACCACGAAAUAUUUUAGUGAUUCAAAAUA